AUGAACAGUAACUUCUGCCGGGCCCUGGUGGACCGCGGGGCUCCCAGCGGCAUGCAGCUGGGUGUCGUGGCCCCUGCAGGACAGACGCCGCUGGCAGCCACGGAGCCCCUGGGCAACGUCCCCUUCCUGCUGUACCCUGGCCAUGCCGAGCCGCCUUACUACGACGCCUACGCUGGGGUGUUCCCCUACGUGCCCUUCCCCGGCGCCUUCGGGGUCUACGACUACCCGUUCGAGCCCGCCUUCAUCCAGAAGCGCAACGAACGCGAGCGGCAGCGCGUCAAGUGCGUGAACGAGGGCUACGCGCGCCUCCGCGGCCACCUCCCCGGCGCCCUGGCGGAGAAGCGGCUCAGCAAGGUGGAGACCCUGCGCGCCGCCAUCCGCUACAUCAAGUACCUGCAGGAGCUGCUGAGCGCCGCCCCCGACGGCGAGCCACCUGCAGCCACCUCCCCGCAGCCCGCCUGCGUGGGUCAGGGCAAUGCGCCACAACCCCCCUUCCUGGUGGCCGAGGGCAGUGGGUCCUCCUCCUUCUCCUCUUCGUCUUUCUUGGAGUCAGAGGAACCCAGUCUUUGA